CAACUGCUUCGGCUACACACUCGCUUCUCCAUAUCGCAUUCGAUAAAUAUCUGCCUUCUCUUCGUCUUUAAGAGUUUUUUCUUUAGGAACUACUUUUUAUUUCAAUUUUCAAGAAUAUCCAAAGCGUGACUCUAUCAGCAAACAUCAAGCCGAACCACCAACCGUCCUGUUACUUCGUCUCCUUAUUAUUAACUGGUUCUAAGCAGUUGAUAUGUGUACUUUCGCCAUCCAAAAAAUCUCCCGAAUUUUCUCUGCGAUUGCAAUAAGCUAGUUAUCUAAGCUUAGGCUGAAGAAUAUUUCUGCCUUUACUCCAUAUUUGUGUUACUGUUACUUUCUCUCUUCCCCAUCACGAUGCCAUCUAUUUGGCGGGCUUGGUCGCAGGGAAGACCUCCAAGACCAUUUGUGGAGGAUGAAUUUGAGUCCCUGUCUCAUGAACUGGGAGGUCUUUUACUUCUGGGAGAGAAGCCAGGGGUGGAAGGCGCAUGUGAAAGAGGAUCCAUUGACCAGCUCCCCAUAUUCUUAGACAUCGAAAGAUCUGCGAUUGUUGACACGGAUACUUCUUCAUCUCAACCGCCUUCUCUUACAAGCCAGUCGUCCGCAGAAAGUUUUGCUCUUGAUACUCCUCCGCCGCUAGAAGUGAUGCCAAUUGACUAUCGGGCCAAUGAUAAACUACGUGAUCCGCUCGUUGCACCUAUCAACGUACGAUUUCCAGAUACGUCCUCUUCGAAUCCCUUAUACAACUCAAAUGCCCCGGUGAACAAGCCGCAGAGAAAGAAUACUAUAAUGAAAUCUCGUGAACGGAAUCCUUGCGACCAUCAGAGAGUGGAAACAUUCUACCACGAUUAUCGACAGGGUCAAGCCAAAGCUACCUCAUCGUUGAGACAUUCUGUUCCAUACAAUCUGGAAACUGCAACUUAUUCAAACCUACCCAAAAAAGAAAUUCCGCGGUAUUCUGAGUCUCCAAAAAGGCCCACAGUGGCUGAAUUGUUGGAAGAGAAACUUCGACUUCGAAGAGAGCAACAAGUACCGAAAUCAUACGUCAAUACCCGGUUUCAGGAAAAGAGCCCCCCGAGAAAUGCAUCUGAAAGUUCAUUUCGGCCUGGGAUGAAACUUAACUUAGAUUCUUUGUCUGUGCUUCAGCCAAAAUCGCGGGAGAUCAGUACUGGCCUGGUUCACCCAAUGGUAGAGUACCUACCGCAGUCUAACCAAUCGACAAGUUUUUACGGGUCUACGUUGCUCAACCCAUCCCCAGAAUUUGAGAGAAAGAAUCUUUCAUUCAAUACAGGAACCACACAAACUAGGGAUAUUACUUCUCCCACUACCCCUCUUGCUCAAGAUUCAGCACGUUUGCAACGGAGAAUUCCUUCACCAGAAGAAGCUGCAAAUACUGCUCUCAAUAGACAACGACGGGGAGUCUCUUUUGCGGAUGAUCCUCAUAUAUUCCACAAAGCACCGUCCGUGGCGGAAAGCUUCUAUAGGCAGAAUUCGGAUGCCCCUCAAGCUCGGUCAAUACGUCCAGUGUCUCCUCCAAAACAAGCGUCUACACGAAACCCAGAGCUUCCCAGCUUUGCCUUACGACCAUGUCCAAGAGCUAAUCCAGUGGCAGGAUGUCAGGAUUGGUACACAGUAUCUGGACUAACACAUUUGAAAAUUUGUCCUGGUUGCAUGAAUCAGAUUGGCGGCUCGCGAUUCCGCGAUUAUUUUGUGCCGAGCCUUUCAAACCCGCGUGAGAAGGUUCACUGUUCAUUCAGCGAACCUUGGACCAGAUUAGCGUGGAUUCAAACUAUGAAAAAAGGACAUGAGAAUCUCGAUAUGCUGUACGACAUAACUCAUCCGUCAAAUGAGCAAUGUCCUGGCCGUCGCCUGUCUGCGAAAAAUUGGUACCGGAUAGUAGAUCAUCAAACUGGGUUGAAUGUACCAAGAUUUGCGGCGUGUUCAGCAUGUGUACGCAAUCUUCAGCUUUUGAUGCCAUCACUUCGACAAAGCUUCAGGUGUCAGGCUGCAGUUAAGGAGAAUAUCUGCGAUUUUGCCGUAGAAAGCCCCCGAUUUGUGCAGUACCUGGACCUUUUGGAUGCCGCGGCGAGUAAUUGUGAAUAUAAGCGUACAUACUCCCCAGAUAUCGACAAGUUCAUUGACUAUGUGGAGCGAAAAUGCAAUCUUCGAGACUGCCGACGAGACAGACUCAUCCUUGGGACAUGGCACUAUAUUCCAGAUUUGCCUGAAUUCACGGUAUGCGAAGACUGUUAUGAUGACGUGGUCCGGCCAUUGGUUGCAGCACAUAAACCGAUUGCACGAAUGAUGGCAAAUCCGCCUCGAUUACUACCAGGAUCUGGUCCAAGCCGAUGUCGUGAAGCUAGCUGCCAAUUGUACUCCCCACGCAUGCGCGCCCGGUUUAGAGACGCUGUGUUGGAUGACGACUAUCGGAUGCUGGAGUCUGCUGCCUUGAGAAGAUUCGAUGCUGAACGACGAUUCCGCGACCAGGAGGAGGCGCACUUUCUUGUAGCGGAGGCUGAUAGAGAUUGUACCUGGCAGGAUGAGUGGCGUCGAGCUCGUGAAGAGUGGAAGAGAUUUGAGUAGCAUGUGCUAUCAAAACCAUCUAUUUGAAAGAGAAUAAGACGAGAAGCGGAAUAGGAAUGGCGAUAUAAAGCUAGACGAUGGUUGCUAGACAGGACUUUGUCAUUCGUUUAUUUUCUAGUACUUUUUUUGUUCAAUUAUCAGCACAUAUUAUUUCAUUUAGUCUUACCGUUCCAUAGAUACCAUGUAGUUUAGAUUGUAAGAUCUUUGCUUAGGACCAUCAAUCAAUUGAUACAAUU